CAAUCCCCAUCGCCAUCACAAUCCCCAUCCUCCAUCGCAAUCUCCAUCACAAUCCCCAUCGCUAUCCGCAGCCGCAGCAAUGAAGCUCCUUGACUUCCACCAGAAGAUGGCUGCCGACUUUCUGCCGCCCGGGUCGCUGCCUCAGGAUCCCCUCGCCAGCCCCAGCCCAGACAACCCGCUGCCAAUGCAGCUGCCCUAUUCCUCGCCCGAGGACGGAGACGGCCUCAUGAUUGCCGCCAAGGGUCUCGGCAUCCGCAGCGUCAUUUUGACCUUCCUCAAGAUCUACGCCAGCCCGUCCAACCUGGUCCUCCUCAUCAACACUCCCUUGCGAGAGGCCGAGUCGUAUCUGGACGACCUGGCCCUCGACGAUCCACAUACCAAAGCCCACAUCAACGUCAUCAAUCAGGCGACGUCGGCAGAGAGAUCGCUAAUCUAUCUGGGCGGAGGUGUUGUCAGCGUAUCCUCGCGAGUUCUCGUCGUCGACUUGCUCAACAAGGUCGUCCCGGUCGAAAAGAUCACUGGAAUCAUCGUCAACCAUGCCCAUAGGGUCACAGAGACUUCGACCGAAGCAUUCAUUCUACGACUGUUCCGAACAGACAAUAAGGUGGGCUUCAUUAAGGCCUUUUCGGAUGAUCCUGAGCUGUUUGUCGGCCUCUUGAAGCUCGAGCGGGCAAUGCGAACCCUGUAUCUUCGGCGAGUGUUUCUGUGGCCGCGGUUCCAGAAUGAUGUUGCCACGACGCUGGCGAAGCAGGGCUCGGUCGAUGUAAUCGAGAUCAAAGUGCCGCUCACCAUGAAGAUGAAGAUGAUCCAAGCUGCAAUCUUGGAGUGCAUGGAGUCCUGCCUCGCCGACAUCAAGCGAUCCAAUGCAUCGCUCGAGACAGAGGAGCUCACAAUCGAAAACAGUCUCUUUCGAUCGUUCGAUCUGCUCCUGGCUUCUCAAGUCGACCCUGUCUUGCAUCGAAUCACAGGGCGUGCCAGACAGGCACUGCGGGACAUCCGAACGCUCAGGACCCUCUUGGAAUACUUGACGCAGUACGACUGCGUGACGUUCUACUCGUUCCUGGAUACCAUCCUGGCAGCCAACUCGGCGGCAUUCAGCUCCAUCUUCAGGUCGGACCAAGCCAGCACCUGGCUGUUCCUCGAAGCUGCCGACUCCUUGAUCACCCUGGCCAAGCAGCGCGUUUACAAGAAGAUCGAUGCACCCGAGCGCCGCGAGGGAUCGUCGCUUCGAUUCCAGUUUCAGCCCAUCCUGGAGGAGCAGCCCAAAUGGAAGGUUCUCAAGGACAUUAUCCGAGAAAUCGAGUCGGAGAGAAAGAGCCGGGCCCUCAAUGAAGAGGAUUGCGGGCCUGUGCUGAUCAUGACCAACGGAGACCGCAUUGCCAACCAGCUGCGGGAUAUUCUCUCCGACUUUGACUGCACCAUCAUCAAGUCUGAUCCGGAUGCUGCCCCUCCGGCUGCCACAGCCCAGCCGACCAGCGCCGACCAAGCUCCUCCUGACUACUCUCGGUUCUGUACAGAGGGAUGUGGAAUUAUGCUGCACCGGCUUCUUGGGCGGUACUUUCAUUGGAAGCGGUCCUUCUCAAGUGGAAAUCCGAGACCUGCUGUGCGGCCCAGCGGCGAUGGCUACGGCGGAGAGCCAAACCCGUCAGGAUGGUCUGACUCAAAGCGAUCGGGCCCACCGCCCACCAAGAGACGCCGGGUCCGAGGAGCGAGCGUCGCGGCGUCGUUGCCGUCCUCUCGACCCGCAAGAGAUUCAAAGUCGUUCGAUGAAGAUGCCUUCGAGGUUGCAGAGUUCCUGAGUAAACAAGACGAACUGCCGAAUCUGACCGACGGCAUCGAUGCGCCGCCAGUACUAUGGCCAACGACGGAAGACGAUACCUCAGUCGACAGCGGCCUCAUUUCGCUCGACAGCAUCACCAUGAUUCGUCCGUAUGCCUCCACGUCAACGUCCAUCUCGGGCGACAGGAUCGCUCGCGGCGACGACGAUGCGCGUAUGCUCGAGGAGCUUAGGCCACGUUGGAUCAUUAUGUAUGAUGUGGAUGUGGGCUUCAUUCGUCGAGUCGAGCUCUUCAAGGCCAUGAAUCCAGAUAUCCAUGUCAAGGUUUACUUUCUGAUCUACGACAACUCGGUCGAGGAGCAAAUCUACCUGUCGUCGCUCCGCCGCGAGAAAAAUGCCUUCGAGAAGCUGAUUUACCAGAAGAGUAUCAUGGCCAUCCCAGUCGAGCAGGACGGCCGAGUCCGGGCAGAUCCAGAACAGCAGAUAUGGAACAACCUCACAACUCGCGUCGCCGGUGGACAGCGCACCAUCCCGGCCUCGGAAACUAACCUUGUAGUUGUCGACACCCGCGAAUUCGGGUCCUCGCUGCCGUCGUUGGUUCAUGCUCGCGGGAUGAAGGUCGUGCCCACCACGCUCGAGGUCGGCGACUAUGUGCUGUCCCCGCAGAUUUGUGUGGAGCGCAAGAGCAUUCCUGAUCUCAUCGCCUCGUUCAAGAGCGGGCGCCUUUACACCCAGUGCGAGGCCAUGUGCCACCACUAUCUGAUACCCAUCCUCCUGAUCGAGUUUGACGAGGAGCGCUCGUUCACCUUCCAGGGACUCGGCAGUGCCCGUGUCAUCGAAGGAGGCCGCAACGACGACGUGAGGAGCAAGAUUGCCCUGCUGUGUCUGAACCUGCCCAAGCUCAAGAUUAUCUGGAGUUCGAGCCCAAAGGCCACGGCAGAUAUCUUCCAAGACCUCAAGGAGAACCAGCCCGAGCCCAAUGCUGCGGCUGCAGCUGCCAUCGGCGUCGAGUCCGCAAUGACCGAUAGUGUCUACAGCCUGAUGCCUAUGGAUCUCCUCCGAGCGAUUCCGGGCAUUACCAGCCGCAACUACAGGACGGUGCUGAACUCGGUUGGCUCGCUCAUGGAGCUGGCGAAUAUGGAUCUGGAGAAGCUGGCGGAGCUUAUCGGGCGCCAGAAUGCCAUCAGGGUACUUGAGUUCUUUGAGAAGAGCCCGACCCAGUAACAGACCACAAUCGAGGUGCACACUGCCGCCCAUGUCCUGCAUGCUCCGAGGCUGGUCCUCGAUGCGCUCAAGGAGGCCCGCACCCGAGCCAGAUGCAGCACCGCACCAAUGUGCAGUCUCGAUAUCGAUAGAAUACACCAUGAUGCCAUCGCUGCUCGAUGC